AUGGAAGGCGGUUCGGUGCUUUUUUGGUUUCUGUGGUUCCUAAUAGUCAGCGUUUUCAUUGAUGACGCUCAUCAGAAUCCUGAUUUUUCAGUCGAGAAAUUAUUUGAUGCAUUUAAAAAUGGUGUAGAUCCUGAAACAGAAAUAAUUUCUUCCAAAGGUUAUACACCUCAGGAGCACUACAUAACGACUGAUGAUGGAUACAUUCUUUGUAUCGUUCGAAUUUUGCCGAAAUGUAAUCAGCCUUUUAGUAAACAAAAGGUUGUUUUUCUUCAGCAUGGUCUUUUGGACUCUGCACAUACACAAUUGCUACGAUGUGUGGAUGGGGAAUAG